CAGGAAGGUUGGUUACAUCUAUUCGGUGUUUGUGUAUUGCGGCUCUUAGUGAACGAACUCUCGAAAAACUCGAGACAACAGUACUAAUUAUAUAAGAAUUCGAUCUCGAAUUUACUUUGAACAGUCGCAGAACUAUAGAAAAAUAAUUAGAGAGAAACCCUGUUGUGGCAGCUUGUUAUAAAACAGGUGACUUCAUCAGAAAAAUUGAGUGCCAAUUAAGAGGAGCCUACCAAGAGCUUUUCAUGUUCAGUGAGGAAAACUUCCGGAACAUCACUGAUCAUGGUGUAUGCUUCCACAGAACCAGGCUACCACCACGCUAUUGCUGGGGCAGCCAGCGGAUGCUUGACAAGGUUCAUUUGCCAACCUUUAGAUGUUGUCAAGAUUAGAUUUCAAUUGCAAGUUGAGCCAAUUAAAAAAAAUUCAAACAGUAAGUAUAAAUCAAUGAUACAGUCAUUUCAGCUAAUCGCAAAGGAAGAAAGUUUCCGUGCACUUUGGAAAGGUCAUGUUCCAGCUCAACUGUUAUCAGUAAUUUAUGGAACCAAUCAAUUUUAUGUUUAUACAAUUAUCAAUCAACAUUUGGAAACACUUGAAUACCUCAAAGAAAAACAUAAAACUACUCAUUUCCUAGCUGGUAGCUUAGCAGGUUGUUUUGCUACCAUUACAUCCUUUCCAUUAGAUACAAUAAGGACAAGGUUAAUUGCACAAUCUACACAAAGUCAAACAUACAAAGGAACUUUAGAUUCAUGCGCGAUAAUCUAUAAAACAGAAUCUCCAAAAGGAUUUUUCCGUGGUUUGUUGCCUACAUUACUUCAAAUAGCACCACAUGCAGGUUUACAAUUUGGAACAUAUGAAAUUGUAAAGGAUAUAAAGUUCUUUGAGCCAGAUGCUGAUAUUCCAGAAGAUCAUCAUCAUCACAAAAAGAUAGGUAUCAUAAAUACUCUGGUUGCUGGCUGCCUAGCUGGUCUAGUGGCAAAAACUAUAGUUUAUCCUCUUGAUUUGGCAAGAAAGCGACUGCAAAUUCAAGGAUUUGAGCAUGGUAGAAAAGGAUUUGGAAAUUUUUUUAAAUGCAAUGGUUUAGUAGACUGUCUUGUUUUAACUGCUAAGCAAGAAGGUGUACCAGGUUUGUUUAAAGGCUUGGGUCCAAGUCAAUUUAAAGCUGCUCUUAUGACUGCAUUGCAUUUCACUUUUUACGAGCAGACUUUAUAUCUCAUUAGAAGCUUUAAUGAGACAGAGUAGUAGGAUAAAUAAAUUUACCAUUACAGUGUAAGCAAUAAUUUUUUAAGUAUGUGAAUGUACCUAGUGAUAUUAGCCUAAAUAUGCAUUAUUUCAAUCAUAUAACAUUAUUCAAAAAUCUAUCAUCAAACAUUUAUUUAAUGGACAAUGUGAUAAAAAAACAUCAAGUAUGCAGACUUUUUACAUCUGUAUUGUAAUUAUUUUAUAAUUUUUUAUGAGUAUGGAUACUAUCUUGUUUAAUACAAGACAACCUACAUCUUUGCUCAUGGGUUGUAAAUAAAUGUUACUAUUAUUACUAUAUAUGUUAAGGGAUUAUAAGAAAUUCAUAAGAUUUCCUAUUUUUUAUUUUGUGUAACAAUUUACCAAUUGUAAUAUGGAAACAAUAACAUUGACAGCAAUUUUCAAAAUUCUCAAUUAGUGUUUCUAAAUUAAAGUCUUAAAAUGAUUUUCAUUAAAAAUUAGUUACUUUUACUAUUCAAAAUAAAGUGGCAUUGAUGGCAAAUUUUAUAUGUAUUUAUGACUAAAAUAUUGAUAGACCAUGAAUAAUUCGAAAUAAAUUAUUAAA